CCGAAUUCAACCAAGUUGUCCAUUAUCCACGCAUAAAAAAACUCGAUUAGAAGAGUUCAGCUCACAAGCUACACACCACACGGAUAAACACGAUUCGAAUUGUUAAACUGACACACUACACAUCUUGAACUGGGUCACGUGUCUUCAUAACCAUCAUUUUAACGCCAAGAGAAUGUUGACCCUGAAGGAACUGUGUGCGGGCCUGCCCCUGGCACCGAUACCAGAGCUGACCCCCCGGGAUGAGAGCGUCCCUCACGCGCCCACUAGACUACAGGAACUCACUCUAGCUGAGGAGAAGCUGGCCGUACAGAACGCCCUGCGGUACUUCCCAUCCGAACACCACGAGCUUCUAGCGACAGAGUUCGCCAUCGAGCUCAGAACGUAUGGCCACAUCUACAUGUACAGGUUUAGGCCCAACAUUCACAUGAGAGCGUACCCUAUAUCUGAAUACCCGGCCAAGUGUACGGCGGGUGCUGCCAUCAUGCAUAUGAUUAUGAACAACCUUGACCCCACUGUGGCCCAGUUUCCGCAUGAGCUGGUCACUUAUGGAGGAAAUGGCCAAGUGUUUUCUAACUGGGCACAGUUCUGGCUGGUGAUGCACUACCUCUCCGAGCUGACGGAGGAGCAGACGCUGGUCAUGUACUCGGGUCACCCCAUGGGGCUGUUCCCGAGCUUGGUCAGCUCCCCACGACUGGUCAUCACUAACGGAAUGAUGGUGCCGAACUACUCAAGCCGUGAGAUGUACGACAAGCUGUUCUCCCUUGGUGUGACGCUAUAUGGGCAGAUGACAGCCGGUAGCUACUGCUACAUCGGUCCUCAGGGGAUCGUGCAUGGUACCACGUUGACUAUAUUAAAUGCUGCAAGGAAAAACCUCCACACCAACGACCUAUCUGGGAAGGUGUUCGUGAGUGCUGGACUGGGUGGGAUGAGUGGGGCUCAAGCGAAGGCUGCGGUCAUCUCUGGGUGUGUGGGCGUCAUAGCAGAGGUCAGCGAAGAAGCCCUCCUAAAACGGUACAACCAAGGCUGGGUCAUGGAGCUGGCUGAGGAUCUGGACAACCUCGUAGCUCUACUGAGGAACGCCAGGAGACGGAAGAAGCCGGUCAGCAUAGGUUACCAUGGUAACGUCGUUGACGUUUGGGAGCGUCUUGUGAUGGAGUACGAGGCCACUGGUGAACUUCUGGCUGACCUAGGCUCUGACCAAACCUCCUGUCACAACCCCUUCCAGGGCGGCUACUACCCCGUACAGCUCAACUACCAGGAGUCCAGGGACAUGAUGUACCAGGACCCUGGCCAGUUUAAGCUGUUGGUGCAGGAGAGUCUCUGUCGUCAAGUGAAAGCCAUCAACAAGUUGGCGUCACGGGGAAUGUUUUUCUUUGACUACGGCAACGCUUUUCUACUCGAGGCAAGCAGGGCCGGGGCGGACGUUGGCAGGACAGACGGCCUACACGGGACCAAGUUCAGAUACCCUUCUUAUGUUCAGGACAUCAUGGGAGACAUCUUUUCCUUGGGCUUUGGUCCGUUUAGGUGGGUUUGCACUUCGGCUGAUCCCAGCGAUUUAGAGAAAACAGACGCCAUAGCAGCAUCGGUCAUUGAACGCCUAGCAGCCAGUAACAACUCACUAGCAGUACAACAACAGUAUGAAGACAACAUCAAAUGGAUCAAAGAAGCUGGACAACACAAGAUGGUGGUGGGCUCACAGGCAAGGAUCUUGUAUUCUGACCAGGAGGGUCGCACUGCCAUAGCCUUGGCCUUCAAUAAGGCAGUCUCUGAAGGUCACCUCAAAGGUCCAGUGGUCAUCAGUCGAGACCAUCAUGAUGUCAGCGGCACUGACAGCCCCUACAGAGAGACGUCCAACAUUUAUGAUGGCUCGGCUGUUUGCGCAGACAUGGCCAUUCAAAAUGUCAUUGGAGACAGCUUCAGGGGAGCUACUUGGGUGGCAAUCCACAACGGGGGAGGUGUCGGCUGGGGGGAGGUAAUCAAUGGAGGAUUUGGCCUAGUACUUGACGGCUCAGAGGCUGCUGCAAGACAGGCCCAGUGUAUGCUUGCAUGGGAUGUCAGCAAUGGGGUGUCGCGUCGAUGUUGGGCGGGCAAUCAACAUGCUAGAAGCACCAUCCAACAAACCAUGAGGGACAACCCUAAUCUGAGGGUGACGAUUCCUUACGAAAUAGAAGAUACAGAUUUGCUCGACAAGGCUUUGAAUCCAAGCUUUUGAACGUUGAAAUUAAUUUUUUCGCAUGCAAGAUAGAGAAUUAAAUGAGGCCUGAUUUUGAAGUUUUAACUGGCACUACACAAGAACCUGCAUUACAGGGCUUGGAAUCAAAGCUUCUGAACACUGAAAUUAGUUUUUUUUUGUGCUACACAUGCUGCCAUUUCAAUAAAUCCUGUACCAC